AUGGCCAUCGAGUACUCUCGAUUCAUGGACGAGUACGUCGCGCUGGGCCAUAUGAGGCCAUUGUCCGAUGCUCUGGUCUCCGCGCCGACUCGUCCCGUGUACUACAUCCCGCACCAUGGCAUCUGGCAGCGCGGGGAUCGAGGAUCAAGGCUGCGCGUCGUCUUUAAUGCCUCGCACGCGACCUCGAGUGGCUACAGUCUCAACGAUGUCCUGCACACCAGGCCGAGGCUCCAGGCAGCCUUGCCAACGGUCCUGCUACGCUGGCGUCGACAUCGCUUCGCGUUCUGCACCGACGCCCGGAUGAUGUUUCGCCAAAUUCAAGUUAACCCUCAGGACGUUGACCUGCAACUCAUUGUGUGGAGCCCAGACCCAAGCAUUCCGCCUACACACUAUCAGCUGCUCACAGUCACUUACGGCGUUUCUUGUUCGCCUUACUUGUCACUGCGCGUCAUCCAGCAAUUGUGCGAGGAUGAAGGCCACAGGUGGCCUGGAGCUGCAACUGCUGCCAUGCGUGAUCGCUAUGCAGAUGACAUCCUAUCCGGCGCUGACAACCUCGAUGCCGCACACGACCUCCCAGAAGAAGAGCGCCUUCGCUCCACUUGGCAAGAGCUAGCCACUGAUGGUUUUGUGAGUGAACUCGGUGUUUGCUGGGAUCCAGCCUCAGACCAUUUCCGUCUUACUCCUCCCCGAGUUCAGGCUCAAGACACGAAGCGGACAAUUCUCGCCGCUCUGGCACGGCUUUUUGAUCCGUGUGGCUGGCUGGCCCCUACCAUCCUGAACGCCAAGUUUCUGCUCCAGGAUUUAUGGCGCGCUGGACUCGACUGGGAUGAGGUCGUGCCACCGUCAAUGGCCCGCCAGUGGUCAGCUUUCGCCUCCGAGCUUCAGGCGAUCCAUGGGUUUGCUAUCCCACGCUGGAUUGGAUGGUCGCCCGAUUUGGAUCUGCAGCUCCACGCCUUCUCCGAUGCAAGCCGCCGCGCCAUGGCAGCUGUAACUUUUUCUCAACUUACCGACUCUACAGGUUUAGUGCACUGCUACAUUCUUUUGGCUAAAACCAAGCUCCAAUCCGAACUCUAA